CUCCUCCCCGAGUUCUCGCCGACGCCGCCGCGCGCGGGGCCUGGAACACACGCCACGAGCCGCCCCCGCCCCUCCCCCCUUUCGCCCACGCGGAGCCGGCCCCGCGCGCGCGCCCCGUGCACCCACGCGCCUGCGCGCUGCCCAGGCCCUGCCCGUGUGUGGGGGCGCAGUCGGCCCCGGGGGGGGGUGGGGGAAAUAGGGGGGGAAAAAAACAGCGCGCGGAACCCGGCCAGGGUGGCCCACCCCCGCCACAAUGGCCUCUGGGGUGGAAGUCCUGCGCUUCCAGCUGCCCGGCCACGAGGCCGCUACGCUGCGGAACAUGAACCAGCUCCGCGCAGAGGAGCGGUUCUGCGACGUGACCAUUGUGGCCGACAGCCUCAAGUUCCGCGGCCACAAGGUCAUCUUGGCCGCCUGCUCGCCGUUCCUGCGGGACCAGUUCCUGCUGAAUCCCAGCUCUGAGUUGCAGGUCUCCCUGAUGCACAGUGCACGCAUAGUGGCUGACCUGCUCCUCUCUUGCUAUACGGGCGCCCUGGAAUUCGCUGUCAGGGACAUUGUUAACUACCUGACGGCCGCCUCCUACCUGCAGAUGGAGCACGUGGUGGAGAAAUGCCGGAAUGCCCUCAGCCAGUUCAUCGAGCCCAAAAUAGGCCUCAAAGAGGAUGGGGUCAGCGAUGCCAGCCUUGUGAGCAGUGUCAGUGCCACCAAAUCCCUCCUCCCUCCCGCCAGGACCCCGAAGCCAGCCCCCAAACCCCCACCCCCACCCCCUCUCCCCCCUCCACUCCUGCGGCCUGUGAAGCUGGAGUUCCCGCUGGAUGAGGACCUAGAGCUGAAGGCCGAGGAAGAGGAUGAGGAUGAGGACGAGGACGUGUCUGACAUCUGCAUCGUCAAGGUGGAAUCGGCCUUGGAGGUGGCACACCGGCUCAAACCUCCCGGAGGCCUGGGAGGAGGUCUGGGCAUCGGAGGCUCUGUGGGCAGCCACCUUGGGGAGCUGGCCCAGAGCAGCGUGCCCCCCAGCACUGUGGCUCCACCACAGGGCGUGGUGAAAGCCUGCUACAGCCUGUCCGAGGACGCGGAAGGGGAGGGCCUGCUGUUGAUCCCAGGAGGCCGGGCCAGCGUGGGGGCCACCUCAGGCCUGGUGGAGGCAGCAGCGGUGGCCAUGGCUGCCCGGGGGGCGGGGGGCAGCCUGGGGGCGGGGGGCAGUCGGGGACCCCUGCCCGGAGGCUUUUCCAGUGGCAAUCCCCUAAAGAACAUCAAGUGCACCAAGUGCCCGGAAGUGUUCCAGGGCGUGGAGAAGCUGGUCUUCCACAUGCGGGCGCAGCACUUCAUCUUCAUGUGCCCGCGCUGCGGCAAGCAGUUCAACCACAGCAGCAACCUCAACCGCCACAUGAACGUGCACCGCGGCGUCAAGUCGCACUCGUGUGGCAUCUGCGGCAAGUGCUUCACGCAGAAGUCCACGCUGCACGACCACCUCAACCUCCACUCGGGAGCGAGGCCUUAUCGCUGUUCCUACUGCGAUGUGCGCUUCGCUCACAAGCCUGCUAUUAGGCGGCACCUCAAGGAGCAGCACGGCAAGACCACGGCCGAGAACGUGCUGGAGGCCAGCGUGGCUGAGAUCAACGUCCUCAUCCGCUAGCGCUAGCGUGGCAGGCGCUGGGUCCCUGGGCUGGGGGGAAGGGGGCUCCUUGGUCCAGGAGAAUAGGGGGGUGUGGGGGGCAGGGGCAGGCAGGUGCGGUGGGGAGUCUGAGCAGACACACACAUCCUGAGGGAGGGGCCGAAGAUUCCUUAGAAGACCCUGCCUCUUCAGAAGAAAAGGAUGGACAGGGAGAGAGUUCUUUGAGAAGGCCAAGGGAAUAGGGGGUCCCAGAGAAAGAUUUUCUUCUCUUGGAGGUGCAUGGAUAUGUGGAGGGAGGGGAAAUGUCCUAUGGGAUGAGGAGGGGAAAAGACUGGAAAAUAUUUUAUUCCUGGCUACGGCUGCCCAGGAAGAGGUUCUGGCAUUUCUUGA